AUGUACGUAUUCGCGGACGAGGCGAUCAUCCGGCAGCGCAUCGAGAUACGAGCCGAGAGAACGGGCCGCAACGUGCCAGAAAGCCUGAUCCAGGCCUCGCUCGGAGCCAUGGACAAGGCGCUGAACAAGCUGACGCCGCUUUGCGACUUUGUUGCCCGCAUCAACAACGCGGGCGAGGUGCCCGUGCUCUCCGCCUUCGCGACCAUCGACACCAGCGGCUCCUGGGGCGUCCUGCAGGAUCGGUUCGCGCGCAAGUGCUGCGACGUGGGGGAUUUCCCACAGUUCCUGGCGCCGCUCCCGCUG